AUGCAUCAUAGUCCUCUUCCAAUGGAUACGCAGGCCAAUUUCGAAUUGAAGGCUUUCGAGGAGCUCAAUCUCUCCGCGGAACUUCCACUGGAACCAAUCGAUCAAACCACUCUGGAUAUGCUCGUCCCAACGUCAUCGACAUCCGAUGUCUUUGAGCUCGCCCGUGGAAUGAAUGAGGAUUAUCCGUACCACAGAAAUCGCGCGACGAUUAAUGGCACCAUGAUUCUAAAAGACACAAUUGUCAAGCUUGCGCUGCACGUGGCUUUUACCACUGUCUUUAAGGACAUGUGCCCGAUAGACCAUAACGACAAUGAUCAAAUGGCUGACGCCGAAGUGUUAAAGAUAAAAGAGGAAAAGUGCCACUAUUUUCUCAAUCACCUCGUCGAUUGCAAUAAGACAGGAAUUCCGAUUGACGAGGAUGACCUUGAGACCGCAUUGGAAGUGGAGGAGAACUACCGCGACCAUGUCGUCGACCAUUUGGAAAAAUUCGGCUAG